CCAAGGGAGAGAGAAAUUGAGAUCGAGAGCACGACUGAAAUGCAAGUGACGGAGCAGAGUAACUUUCGUUCUGAAGCCUUGACUAGAAAGAAAAAUUUCACCAUCUCAGAAGAACAAAACGAUCAAAUACUUGAAGGAAAAUCAAUAUCAGAGAGGUUAUGGGGUCAACUAGAAGAACUUGAAAAGUUGGAGAAUCAAACACAAGAACAUGUUGACGGGUUCCACCAGAAACGAAAAAAGGAAGAGUUCAACGUUGACCCUCAAGAAGAGAAUUGUGAGGACGAUUCACUCAAAAAGAGUCCACGGAAAUCCACGGGAGUUACUCCAAAGUUAGAGUCUCUGAAACUCUCUAGACAAAAAGAGGAUAGCGUUAAAAGACUAGAAGAAUUUGACCUUGCCUCACUCAUUGAGCAGGAGUUGAGCAAACAACAGUUUGUUUUAGAAUCUAGUCACUCUGAAGAACCAACCAAACCAUUUGCAAACAAAAAAGAAGUUGAUACGAUUCAAGAUGAGGAGGAAUGCGACUCUCAUUCAGGUUGUGAUAUCAAUGAAUGGGUGACCGGAUGCCAGUGUGACAAAUGUCAUAAGAACUUGUCAUGCGUAGGAUGCGGAAAGAAGGGUUGCUCAAACUGCUUGGAAUGCUGUGGCGAAUGUGGAAGCUAUAUUUGUGGUAAUGAUAGCGUGCGUGAAGUUGAAGGAUGCAGCCUGAAGUGUGUCAUUCAUCGAAGAGUAUUUUGUCCUAAUUGUGUUGGAUUCUGUGAUAGCUGUCUAGAAGUAGUAUGUCCGAAUGAUUUGACAGUUUGUUAUGGUUGCGACGAAAGAUACUGUUCACGUUGCAACGAUUGUCCGAACUGUGUCUAGUUGUGGAUUUCUGAAGAGCUCUAACAGUUUGGCCUAUUUGUAAAGAAUUUUUUCAGGAUAUUCUAGUUGAGUGUUUGUCAGGGUGAAUCAUUUUCAUGUUCGACGUUGUUACAUAUUACAGCUGAGCUUAUAGAUUUGAUACACACUGUAGCGUCUAUUCUUACUUCUUUUCAGCAUUUUCAUCACAGAGAAUUAAGUUUGUUGCAGUAAGUUGGCUUCGAAGUUAUAAACAUUAUACUCAUAGACUUGAACCAACUGCUUCGACAGAGUGUGCUUCAGCAUCUAUAGGAACUGUAUGCCGACAGACUCGAAAUUGUCUAAGAGAAGAGCUUUUCUCUCUAUAUAGAGACAUUCUAGAAUGUUUGAAAUAACAGCUUGGAGUCUUCUACUAAAACUAGAUAGGAUACAAAAAUGUCAGUGUAUAGUGACGUAACAGAGUUUAUAUGAUGACAGUCCUUUAUGGAGAAAUAAAAGGAAUAUGUUUUCU